GGAAGGGCGGCGAUGGGCACUGUUUUCCUUGGACUGACUUACUCUGAUAAGUUGGCUUUGGCUCGCCUGCCUUCGUUUCUUUCUUUUCCUUUUUAAACAACAACAAAAGCUGUCUGGUGCCAGGCCAGGUUGCUUUGCCUGUCCAAUCAGGCUUCUGUUGGCCAAACAACAAAACCACUUUGAACUUGAGACUCUCCAGUUACACAAACUACCUGUGAAUGUGUAACACUUUAGACAGCCGACUGCGCGAAACACAGACAAGAGUUUUAAGGCUGAAGCGGAGGCCGUGCUAAACAGACUUUGGAGCCAUGAAUAUAUUUGAUCGGAAGAUCAACUUUGAUGCCCUCUUAAAAUUUUCCCACAUAACUCCCUCGACACAGCAGCACCUGAAGAAGGUCUAUGCCAGUUUUGCACUAUGUAUGUUUGUGGCGGCGGCAGGAGCCUAUGUCCAUGUGGUCACACACUUCAUCCAGGCUGGCCUGCUCUCCGCCCUGGGCUCCUUGGCCUUGAUGGUUUGGCUGAUGGCAACCCCUCACAGCCAUGAGACAGAGCACAAGAGGCUGGGACUUCUCGCUGGCUUCGCCUUCCUGACAGGAGUUGGCCUGGGACCUGCUCUGGAGCUGUGCAUUGCCGUCAACCCCAGCAUCCUCCCCACGGCCUUCAUGGGCACGGCCAUGAUCUUCACCUGCUUUAGCCUGAGUGCCCUCUACGCCAGGCGCCGGAGCUACCUGUUUUUGGGAGGGAUCUUGAUGUCAGCCAUGAGCCUCAUGUUCUUGUCCUCUCUGGGGAACCUUUUCUUUGGAUCCAUUUGGCUGUUCCAGGCAAACCUGUACGUGGGGCUGCUGGUCAUGUGCGGCUUCGUGCUCUUUGAUACUCAGCUCAUUAUUGAAAAGGCUGAAAAUGGAGAUAAAGAUUACAUCUGGCACUGCAUUGACCUCUUCCUAGAUUUCGUUACACUCUUCAGGAAGCUCAUGCUCAUCCUGGCUUUCAAUGAGAAGGACAAGAAGAAAGAGAAGAAGUGAAUGGCUGCCAGCCUUCCCAGCUUGCCUUCUCUCCCUCCGCCCCAUUUCUUUGCACACAUCACAGGUGUCGUGUUCUAUGAUAAUGAAAAGCAU